CUUCAGCUCAACUUUUCAACGUCGUUCGUUACGGAUAAGCUUGGAAAAUUAGCUUUCGGGGCUAAAUGGAUAACGCAGAAGCAAAUAUAUAACGGGUACAUGUGCAAAACUAAAAGAGAUUAUUUUCGAGGGUACCUUACAUUCCAAAAGUUUGGCAAUAGUAUAAAUGGAUGUCGGCCAGCGGGUUUCAGAAUGGACGGAGCGUGGUCGGCCGAGGAGGGAGGGCCGGAUGAGGUCUGGGUAUCUGGAUCGAACAGGACCUACGAUAAUGAAUCCAUUUACGACGAAUACGACGACCUUUACGACGUGCCAGCUGGUCUGAUAGCUCUGCUGAGUAUCUGCUACGGAAGUAUUUCCAUCUUGGCGGUCGUCGGAAAUGCCUUGGUGAUAUGGAUCGUCGCUACUUCCAGACGCAUGCAGAGCGUCACUAAUUGUUUCAUCGCCAAUCUCGCCCUGGCCGAUAUCGUUAUUGGCCUCUUUGCUAUUCCUUUUCAGUUUCAGGCCGCUUUGCUGCAGAGAUGGAACCUCCCAUACUUUAUGUGUGCGUUCUGUCCCUUCGUCCAGGUCCUCUCCGUCAACGUGUCGGUCUUCACCCUCACUGCAAUCGCCGUCGACCGUCAUCGAGCGAUUCUCAAGCCAUUGAGCGCAAGGCCCAGCAAGUUCAGAGCUAAAGUCGUAAUCGCUAGUAUCUGGUUCUUCGGCGGUGCUUUGGCCGCUCCAAUGGCAGUGGCUCUGCGAGUGAUUAUGACGCCGGAUAACUCUGGGGUCGGCCGACAUCAUCUCAAGCCCUUCUGCCGGAACGAAAAGUUGUCCGAAAGCUCAAUGCUGAUCUACAGAGCUCUGCUUGGUUUCCUGCAGUAUCUUACACCCCUUUUCGUAAUAUCCUGCGUUUACGCUCGCAUGGCGCUCAGGCUGUGGGGAAGCAGAGCACCCGGAAAUGCUCAGGACUCUCGCGACGCCAACCUGAUGAAGAAUAAGAAGAAGGUAAUCAAGAUGUUGGUGAUCGUCGUCGCACUGUUCGCUGUGUGUUGGCUGCCACUCCAGACCUACAACGUACUGCAAUACACUUAUCCGGAGAUUAACGAGUACAGAUACAUCAACAUCAUUUGGUUCUGCUGCGACUGGCUGGCGAUGUCAAACAGCUGUUACAACCCUUUCAUCUACGGUAUUUAUAACGAAAAGUUCAAGCGGGAAUUUCAACAACGAUGUCCCUUCAGACCCCGACAAUGGUCGACCAGCCCGCCAAUGGAUAGUCUCGAUCUUGAUAAAACGCAGUCCACCAGAACUUCGAUCAGAUUUUUUUUUGCAAGGUACGAUUGGCGGCGACCAGCUUCGGGCGGAUGUCCGGCAGCAGCUUCCUUUUACCGCGGCGUGUCUGUGCGAGGACCGUCACGAUUACCCGCAAAAGGAAUUGAAGCCACAAACCGCACCCUCCCGGCGUCCAGAUGCUGCGUCCGGAACGGAAACGCCACCCUCGCAAGCGCACCAAAAAGCCCGAACACCGCCGCUGAGCUUUACGUCUUCGCUUCCGGGAGGCACAAGCACACCAACGAUUUCAACUCGCAGGAACUCUGCCUCUAAGCCAGCUUAAUUGCCAUGCAGAUGAACACGGGGCGCAAUUGAAUCACCGAGGCAUAAUUAUUAUCAGCCGUAAGCUAAUCCCCGUCUUCAGUCGGGAGCGCUCUUUAACAAGCCGUUCCUCGUUACUCGUUACGGAGUACAGUUUUCCGAUACAGGGUGCUGUUUCCAGUUUAAGAGCUUGCUAAUUUAAGCUUACCCUUGAUGUAUACUAUAAUAUGCCUAAAAGCACCUGUUAUCCUACCGAUGUGACAAAAUUCCCCUGUAUUAUUCCCUCAUAAUUGUAACAAAGCAGAAAACGUGUUAUAUAUUUGUAUACGUAUAUGUAUGUAUAAUUGUACGUAUAUGCAUAUUAAUUGCAGAUUUUAUUCGUAAGAAACGUAAGAACGAAACAAAAUUAAUUCAAUUUAAUGGUACAACAAAUUUCUCAAGAGUCAACGUGAUAUAGUUAGAACUUUUAUCAAUAUAUGUUUUAUGUCAGAGUGCGUGGUACUGUGUGUGUGAUUCACGUGUAUGGAAUAUGUAUCGGCAAGAACCGUGAGAUGAGACGUGAAUGAGACUGUUCUAAUAACUUAUAUCGGUUUUUCGAAGUUGAUACGUUGAAUAUUAGUGUUCUGAAAAUUAGUGUAUGUAAGGUACAUGUCGCUAUCUAUCAAUUUCAUACUACGAAUUAAUAUGCCGGGUGAAUUCUGACAGCAGACUUCGUGUACAUAACAUAGUAUCGUGAGGAUGAGUAACAGAGCGAGUAAUUGAAUUGAGUCGCUGGUAAACUUGGGGCUCAUGUUCUCGUGAUCUCUCGCAAAUUUCAACGUAAUUUAUGGGCCAUACCUGAUUGGGGGAAAUUUGUGGAUUGCAGUUUUGACUAAUCGAAUGAGUGCCUGUAUUCAAUCAUCUCCGGUGAAAUUUGGAAAUUUCUUUGCGCGAAAAUACAGUUCUUGCUUCGUUGGUAAUUUUCUUCAACACUUACAACUAUACGAUUGAUCAUUUUCAUUCGUACCAUUGGGAUUAUUUGCAUUCACCCGUAGUACCGACACUUUUUCUAUCACGAGGAACAAAUCGGUCCAAUGUGCAGAUACACUGCAAGGAUCGAUUUUCAUGUUGACACAUUUCCUUGAACUACAUUCCAUGCAAGUUUUUAGUUUUCAAUUUUUUUUUCCAUCCUCAAGUCUCAGUGACACGAGAUUUAUUAUGACGGUCAAAAAAUGUUUGGCGAUUUAGUACCGGACAUAAAAAUAUAAGGAGAUAAAAAUUCAAUAUAAUUUAAAACAAAACUAUACGUGUAAUAAAGAUAUGUAAAAAUGGAUGUGAAGAGAAUAAUCGUUUGAUUGAUGUAUCUAGUUGUUGAUAAAUUAUCUAUUUUCUUACAGACAAAUGAUUGAAAUUUACACGGAGGUUGGUGAAUCAAAUCUGUUUACAAGUUCCGCGUAAACGAAUUUGAAAGUAGCCUCGAAUGUUUGAUGGAAAAAAUUAUUUACGCGAGUUCUUAAACAUCGCCAUUAUCAUGUUAAUUAUACAAGUCGUAGAUUUAAUAACAUUUGGCAAAUUCUAGUCAUCAUAAGAACAAUUGGGGAAAGAGGCGUUUAACUGUGAAUAUUUUAGCAGUAUAUAUAGGUAAUUCAACGAAUAUAAAUAGUAAUAAAUGAAUAAAACUAUGAUAUGAACAUAGUUUGAGAAUCAUGUAAAUUUGUGUAUGCUAUUGUAUUGUAUAUAAACGUAUAAAUGCAGGUAAAACCGCAUAUUAUGUAUGUAUAAUAUAUUUAGAAAUAUUUAUAGAAAUAAAGCUACAUGCAAUCUACUUAAGCUAUAUAAAUAAGGUGAUGAAUAAAUUUGAAAUUAAAGUUAAGCGGGCAUCCAAGCGGGGAAAAGAAAUCUUUUCUUUACCACAAGCUGGGCAAAAUGUGUAUGAUGAGGAAAAAAAGAAAGGAGUAAGGGAAACGAAAAUCUAAUCAUCGUUGUUCAAAUCUUAUGAAAAUCAUUCCUAGCUCCUAAAUUAUCUACGUGUAUAAGUAUGCAUUUAAUAAUGUUCGCUCACUGUUAUAUUCUGGCUCAAAUGCUCCAAUUCUAUUCCGACGACGUAGUGUAGUACAUACUGUGAAAUAAUACUUGGUACAUGUAAACACUGAACUGAAUGUUUAAGAAUAAAACAAUCCCUU